GGACUCACCUACUCAGCCCACUCAGGUCAUCUCGCAAUAAUAGCAUUUGGCCAUCGCUCAGCUCAGUCUCUUUCUUGAGCUUUUAAUCUUACUCCUAUUUCAGUAGUUUUGGUUUUAUUAGGUUUGGCCAUGGGCGUACUACACCAACACCAUCGCCGACUCUCCUCUGCAACUGCCUUAGCUCUCCUCUUAUUUGCCUUCGCCUCCUCCUCUUCCUCUUCCUCUUCCUCUUCCUAUACCUCCGCCACUGCUCACUCUGCUCUCUCUCCUAUUCGCCAACUCGGUGGAGUAGUAAAGGAAGAGAGAGAAGAGUCUUGGGAGAGAUUAUUGACUGGGAGGAGACUCGCUGGGCCUGGAUCUUCUCCACCGACGUGCCGGACUAAGUGUGGGAAGUGUUCCCCUUGCAAGGCAGUCCAUGUACCUAUUCAACCCGGUUGGAGUACACCUCUUGAAUACUACCCUGAAGCUUGGCGUUGCAAAUGUGACAGGAAACAUGGGGAAUGCAAUUUUUAACAGAGUCUACCGUGAGCCUCUCUCUCUCUCUCUCUCUCUGUGACUUUGCAUGUGUUGGGUGUGAAGUGGGUCUUUUGGUUUCUGACUUUGUCGUUUUAAUUCAAUUAUUAAGAGAGCCAGCAAGUGAGGUAAUUAAGAAGAUGGGUUGGUAA